UUUAACCAGUUGUCUGUUGUAUGAAAUUGUAAAUUGCUUCUACAAAGAAAUAGGUCUGAGGCUAGGAGCUGAUGCAAUAGUAAUAAAUUCGCCAAUGGAAAAGAAAAGUUAUUGUUCCAGAAAACAAAAAGAAUUAUUAGUUGAACUACUGAAGUUAAAAGAAAAUGAAGACUUAAUAUCCGGAAAGUUUAACCAGAAAUUUUCAUACAAAGAUUCUGAAAAUAAGUGGCAAAAAAUUGCAGCCACGGUAAACGCUGUCCCUGGAAGCCAAAAAGAUUGGAAACAUUGGAAGAAGAUUUGGCAAGAUAUAAGAUCCAAAACUAAAAAAAGAAAAGCUCAUAAUCAACAGAUAUGCGGUACCGGAGGGGGGCAAAAAGUUGUAGACAUUACUGACACAGAUGAGCAAAUCCUAGAAUUAAUACAUCCACAAUUAAUAAGUGAAAAUAAGGAUAUCGAGGAAAAUAAAAUAGUUUUUGAUUACGUGGAUCCUAAUGAGAUGAAAAAAGAAAAAAUUAACAUAGUGAAAAUGCAAUUGAACUUGCAGUAGUUGAAUUUGCAGAAAAUAAACUGCAAGCACCAACACUGCAGAAAGAGAAAGCCACAGCCAUUCCACAGAGAACAGGAUACUCGUAUUAAAAAAAAGGACAGUGGCCAGUAAUAGAUUACAGGCCAGCGUUCAGGCUAGCCAAAAUUAGGCAAAUAUUUCCGAAGAA